CCCUACACCUCUGCUUUACCAUCACUUGCAAAACCUGAAAAAUCCUUCCUUUUCGUCUGUAACCCAAAACCCUAAAUUUGUUUUCUGUUCCAAUUCUCAACCAUUUCUACAUAAUUAUUUUUAGAUUAAACUUCCACUAUAUUCUACCUUCAAAUCCGUUUCUACCCAUUAAGUAUUUUGUUGUUGUUCUAUUUCUAGACUAUUCCAAGCUUUAAUUUCGGGCAUUUUAGUAAAAAAAAAUAUGCUAUGCCAUUCGCAUAAUUUUAUUGGGCUAUUGUGAUGGGGUCGAGUUUGCACCAAUGGGAAUCGGACCCUCUGUUUUCGGCUGCAGAGGUCGUCCAAGACUCCGCUGACAGGAUGGAAUCACUUUUCCGCCUUUUGUUGCAUGAGCAAAGUCUUGUUCAUGGUGAACAUCCGGAUCCAAAGCUACUUCUAUCAAUUGAUUAUCAUAGGCGUGAUCUUGCAACAACCCUUGAAACAGCAAAAUGGCAGUUGGAAGAUUUUGAAAGAGCGGUCAGCUUAUCAUCUACGACAGACAAGCCUCAAAUGCGGGAUGAUAUACUUUCCAGACACAAGCAGUUUGUCAUAGCCAUUAGGGAACAAAUAAUUAAUAUGGAGAAAAGCUUGGAAGAUGCUUCAUUGGGGGAUACCAUGAGAAUGAGAAACACUGAGUGGAUUAACUUAAAUGAACAAGACAGAGAUGGGUUGGCAUUGUUUCUUUCUGGGGGAAAUCCUGCAGAAAGCUUCAAUAAUUAUAGUGUAGAAGACAGUAGUGUAAUGAAAAGAUUUCUUGAUCCAACCACAGCAGCUAGUUCAAAAGACACUGCUUCUGGCCUUGUUGAGCACAGCAGCAGAGAAAUUGAAAGCCUGAAUAUCAACGGGAUUUCACAGAUUGACCACAACUUUGAUUCCAGGAAGGACAAUAACAUGAGGAAGGUGGGUUCUCAUUUUUCUUCAAGGUUGGGAUUUGAAGCACCUGACUGUCUUCAAGAGACCUCUUGUAACAGACAUGGUGAAGAUGAGAGUUGGGAUCUGGAAGCUAAUGAAGCCAAACCUAAAAGCUUCUUCCAUGGGAACAAGUUAUAUGGGUGGUGGAGCAGAUUGAAUGUGUUUCGUUUCUCAAAUAAUUUAUGGACUGCAUAUGGGAGCUCGGUCACUAGGAAUUAUACAAAGAGGUUAAAAGAUGGAGAGGAGCAUAGGCAUUCCCCGUCAUACAUUGAUAUAUCUCAUGGUGCACAGGGUCAGCAUAGCCGUUCCCGACGAAUGUACUUCAGUGUUUUGACAAAGGUUAUGUACUUUUGUCACUGGCUCGGAGCUUGUCGAGCAAGAUAUCAGAGAUCUCCGUACUAUGUUCAAGUCAAUCGACAUUCCAUUCAAUUGACAUUGAUAAUACUACUUACAAUCAUUAUUUUAGGUCUUUUGGUCUCUCAAAUAGCUUAAAAGCUGUAUUUGUUGGUUCAUUCCAGAGUCUAUAUACAGGGAUGUCCUUACAAAGAUGUAGCAAGAGUGGGAGCACUUGGUGCUAUGCUGCUAAUCUCUCACUUCAUUGAUCACGUGAUCCCUAUCCUUUCUGCUAGAAAUUUGUAUUGCAUGAAACUACUUCUACUCCUUUCAAUUUGCGAUGUCUUCCAAUCUUUCAAUGUGUUGUAUCAAUCUAAUAUCAGGGUUGCAAUGUC